GGCUUAAGCAUUCAAUGCUUUUUAAUAUUGUUAAUCAAGGCAAUUGGAUCCCUGAUGAAUUACAUACUAUGUUACGUAUAUUAGACAUUUUAUUACAAUAUGCUUUUUAUGAACUUUCAGCAAAUCGAAAAAAUUUUGCAAAAACAAUAAGCAAAUUAAUAAUUGCUGAAAUGAGUCAAAUUGACCCUGACAAACUUAAAAUACUACAAAAUUUUCAAAUAUCCAAAUUUUUUAAUUUGAAUAGAGGAAAAGAAAUAGAACGUCUUUGGCGUGAAUUUUACAGACUUUAUAAUAUAAUAUGUCAACAAAAUUUAACUGAUAUAGAAAUUGAUAAAUUCGGAAAUGAUGCAAAACAAUGGAUCAAAGAUUUUAGCCGUCCUACAAUUGGAAAAUUUAAUUCACCAAAUCAGCAACAAGGAAUGUAUUCAAAAAAAAAUGUAAUACCAUAUAUGCAUAUGUUAGCUCAACAUAUGCCUAAGUUUAUGCGCAAUUUGAAAAACAAAGGAUUGUUAUUACGUUUAUUUUCAACUUCAAGUCUCAAAAAAAAAAAAAUCAUGAACAUGUAA